GUUCAUUUCCGGCACUAUACUAAGUUCUUUCAGUGCAGGUACUAUCUUAUUCAUCUUUGUAUCUGAAGCGAGAAGCGCGGUACCUGUAACAAACUAGGCAUUCAUUCAAUAAAUAUUUGUUGAAAGAAUAAACGCAAGAAGGAAGGAAAAAUCAAUCAACAACUGUGCGGACAAUGUCAGUGCAACGCAGACUCCGGCCAUCAGAGGGCGCCGGGGCGGCUGGGCUGGUGCGCAGGCGCGCUGAGAGGGCUGGCGCCGCGGCGGUAGCGGUGGCGGUCGCGGCUGUGGCCGGUGGAAGUGAAUGGUUUUACCCAGAGGGCCCUGCGCCGCCUUUCUCCGCUGGCAACGGCGCCGCUCCCCGCUCCUCCUCCCCAGCCAUGGCGUUCACGUUCGCGGCCUUCUGCUACAUGCUGGCGCUGCUGCUCACUGCCGCGCUCAUCUUCUUCGCCAUUUGGCACAUUAUAGCAUUUGAUGAGCUGAAGACCGAUUACAAGAAUCCUAUAGACCAGUGUAAUACACUGAAUCCCCUUGUACUCCCAGAGUACCUCAUCCACGCUUUCUUCUGUGUCAUGUUUCUUUGUGCAGCAGAGUGGCUUACACUGGGUCUCAAUAUGCCCCUCUUGGCAUAUCAUAUUUGGAGGUAUAUGAGUAGACCAGUGAUGAGUGGCCCAGGACUCUAUGACCCUACAACCAUCAUGAAUGCAGAUAUUCUAGCAUAUUGUCAGAAGGAAGGAUGGUGCAAAUUAGCUUUUUAUCUUCUAGCAUUUUUUUACUACCUAUAUGGCAUGAUCUAUGUUUUGGUGAGCUCUUAGAACAACACACAGAAGAAUUGGUCCAGUUAAGUGCAUGCAAAAAGCCACCAAAUGAAGGGAUUCUAUCCAGCAAGAUCCUGUCCAAGAGUAGCCUGUGGAAUCUGAUCAGUUACUUUAAAAAAUGACUCCUUAUUUUUUAAAUGUUUCCACAUUUUUGCUUGUGGAAAGAAUGUUUUCAUAUGUUAUACUCGGAUAAAGAUUUUAAAUGGUAUUACGUAUAAAUUAAUAUAAAAUGAUUACCUCUGGUGUUGACAGGUUUGAACUUGCACUUCUUAAGGAACAGCCAUAAUCCUCUGAAUGAUGCAUUAAUUACUGACUGUCCUAGUACAUUGGAAGCUUUUGUUUAUAGGAACUUGUAGGGCUCAUUUUGGUUUCAUUGAAACAGUAUCUAAUUAUAAAUUAGCUGUAGAUAUCAGGUGCUUCUGAUGAAGUGAAAAUGUAUAUCUGACUAGUGGGAAACUUCAUGGGUUUCCUCAUCUGUCAUGUAGAUGAUUAUAUAUGGAUACAUUUACAAAAAUAAAAAGCGGGAAUUUUCCCUUCGCUUGAAUAUUAUCCCUGUAUAUUGCAUGAAUGAGAGAUUUCCCAUAUUUCCAUCAGAGUAAUAAAUAUACUUGCUUUAAUUCUUAAGCAUAAGUAAACAUGAUAUAAAAAUAUAUGCUGAAUUACUUGUGAAGAAUGCAUUUAAAGCUAUUUUAAAUGUGUUUUUAUUUGUAAGACAUUACUUAUUAAGAAAUUGGUUAUUAUGCUUACUGUUCUAAUCUGGUGGUAAAGGUAUUCUUAAGAAUUUGCAGGUACUACAGAUUUUCAAAACUGAAUGAGAGAAAAUUGUAUAACCAUCCUGCUGUUCCUUUAGUGCAAUACAAUAAAACUCUGAAAUUAAGACUCA